UAUAGAGACUUGGAUAAAGUCAUCACGUUGUAAACUUAAAAAAAGGGAAACAUUUAAACUCCCGUCGUUCACAAACAGACGGAGGGGAAAGGGAGGUUUCUGCUGUGAUUCUUCAAAUGACUCCUCACUGAUCUCCAUUCAUUUGUACAGUGAAGACCAACUAGAACCUGACCCUGAACCACAGACACAACUAAAUGCCAUGCCCAAAGGAUUCCUGGUAAAGUUUCUGUCUUUACUUCUGCUCAAAUUAACAUUUCAAGCGUAAUGCAACAUGACCCCCUACGCUGCUGGAAGACACAAGUCUGUUUCAUUUGUAAUGAUCAAAAAAUAGUAUUAAAAACAGUAAUUAGAUGAUUCUUGAUUAGAUGAUCAAUUAGAUGAUUUGCCCGCAGUCAUUCUCUGGUGAUGAUGUAGUGACUGUGAUUUUCAGAAUCUUUCAUUCAUUAUCAUUACUGUAAUCAAGCUCACGGAUGAAAUCAAACACUUGUGCUGACAAAUAUAAGUCUUGACGUCACUGCUGAAGCCUCAGUCUACAGGUCAAUUAAAUUCAUGGAACAUUUUCUUUGGGUUUUCUUUGCGACACAAGAACUCCGUCUGCCCCUAAUAAAACAGGUACGUCUUGACACUGACCAGAGUAGACCAGACCAGACACAGUCCACAUGAGGCUCGUCUCAACAGGGAGCAGGUCCACAAGUCCUAACAAAAAUCCAUAAAUAUCCCAGAAUUGUUCCUAAAUAGGUGACAAAAAUGAGGACAUGCACGGAUGUACAGAUCCACACAGCAUUUCUAAUCCGACCAAAGACCUGAGCUGUUUUAGUCAUUAGUCCAAAAUGUUCAACAAGGACCGGUCCUGGAAAGUCAUUGUUUGAACCUCCAGUCCCCUGGGAGGUACCAAACCACACUCACUCUGGCUCUUCCUCUCACUCUGUCUUUUUCUCACACACACAGACACACACACACAGACACAGUGUAAGUGCACACCAUGUCAUCUGGAAUGUAUGUGAUAAAUGCUGUCAGGCCUCUAAAGUGAGUACACUCCCACUCUUCCUAGCAGGGCUGUUUGUUCAAGCAGCGUGUUACUUGGAUGCGGGCAGAGUGUGAUGGAGGUGGUACAUGUCAUGAUGAUACUUUUUUUAUUUUUUGCAUCAAUUAACCCAGUGGCGUUUUAGUGCAGGAAUGGAUACACUCCAUGAUUUCAGAGAUUCACCCAGUUAAGCUUUCUCACCACCUUCUGUCACCACCAUCGUUAGCACCAUUAUGUAUGAAUCCAAGCUGAGUGUGCGUAUGGGUGUGUGUGUGUGAUUGUGUGCGUGUGUGUGUAUGUGAAUGUGGGUGGUGGGAUCCUGCUCAGCUUAGCUGGUGUUCUUGUGUGUUUUAGUGUAUGUGCUCCUACAGUGUGCACAUGUGAAUCACUGAGCAGCCUGUUUUGUGUGACAGAUUUUUUAACUCUCGUAUUUUGCCAUUAUAAAUGAUGUAUCAGUUCUGCAUAAGAACGAAGCCGGUUGGCAUUAACUGUCACAUGGUGCCAUUCUUUUUUUUUUUUUACAAACGCUCAUUACAAAUGCAAACCCUAACAUGCCGAGUCGACAGUAUUAUAAUACCCACUGUUCCCUUCACGUACCAUCCCCAGUCCUGAGGUGCCAGCCGUUUGCACAGUGUGGGCCUAUCUCGGAGGUAUGGCAUGCACGGCUAUUUUUGAGGGAAAGCGUACCAAUCCAAUUUUGCAGACUUUGAGGGGUGGAAAAAGGGCUGAACAAACAUGAAAGUCCGGGAAGAAAAUCCUGGCUGAGACCCCACAUGUCUGAUCUGUCAUCCAGGCAGCUGACAAACAAUUAGACCCUCCAUAAGACGUGCUCUGAUGCAGGCUCACCUCAGGAUUAGAGCACAAAUUAGCCCCACUUUGUGGCUUAUAUCCUUGUAAGCAGAGUAUCUGCAUGUACACUGUAUCUGGAGACCAGAAUGCUAAUCACUGUGAGAGGAGUAAAGUAUGUAAGUCCAGUGUUCUCUUUAGUUUGUGUGACUUUUUUUUCCCCCAGCUCCUUGCGUUAAUGUUUCUUUUUUUUAUUUUUCGUAAACAAAUCACUUUAUUAACAUGUUCGUCUUCAGGCAGGUGACACUAACGUACCGAUAUCUGUUUAUGCCCCGCGUGUUUGAGGCUGCUUACUUAACUGCUGCAUUAUUGUCCCUGGUUCACCAUUGUUUGUAUGUAUGACAUUUUGUAAUUGCAUCAUUACUCGCUCAGGCUCCCUCCGCUAGAAGCGGGCACAUCACAAUUUGCAACACGUGCUACGAACAGACAGACACUUGCCCUUGAUUAUGGACCUGGGUGGAAUGGCUUCCUCAUCAGGCUGUCUUGAUUCAUCUCAGCAUGUGGUGAGACACACGCUGCUUGGAUGAAUCUAAUUGAUUGGAUGGCACCCAAUUUCCAGGUCCAAGGCUCCUCAUGCAGCCUGAGAGAGAAUCCAUCCAAGUGAAGGAUGAGCUAAGGUGUUGGUUGCUGCCUCAAUAGGUUGGCAUCAGUUUUUUUUUUCCCCCAUAUGCCUCUGGUAUCGGCCGCAGACAUCACUGCGUCCAUGUUGGCCUCACCACAGGGAGCGGGGGGUCAGUGAACUGCUGGUAAUGUGACCUGGGGGAUGAUCGGGAGGAACGAGAGAUUGCAUCAUACCAGGAAGUUAAAAAAUAAUGUUGUCAAAUGUUACUUUCACAAUAAGAGGCCGGUGUGUUUAUUCCAUUAGCCAUUAAAUAUUUACCGAUGGGCAGAUGCAGCCUGUGGCCAAAACAAUGCAGUGGUACACAGCUUUUGAGUCUGUUGGCCGUCAUGACAUUGACGCUGUCUGUACUGAUGCACACUUCCUGGUCUUAAUACAAACCUCAGCAGGGCAGCGCCUCACUAAUCCAAGAGAUAGAUUCUCACCAGUGUAUUGGAGUACACUGUGUAUGUUUGAUUUGAACAGAGUUUCUGCUCUAGAAAUGUACGUGCAGUUCAAGCUCUUUAACAAAUAGAAGUGUCGUUCUCAAACUUACUUAGUUUAUACUUAACCGUCUCCUACGCAUGCAAUACAUCACCUACACCCGUGGUGUAAUCUGUGAAGGUUUUGAUGUAAUGUGGUAAUAUCAGUUAUGUUUAUCCUGCCAAAAUUCAUGAAUCGUUUUCUCACAAACCAGACUUUUAAAAAACAUGUAAAUAUGUGGUCUGUGUGGAUUUUCAGUCAUCCUUCUAACGCAGUUCAGUCGAAGGCAGCUGGACUGUGUUGGUUUCAUCUCUCAUCCAAGAGGUUCAAAAACCAGACACAGUCCAGUUGGACCUACACGCCCUGAUAAUGCAAUGAAAUGUAUAAAUACAACAAAUGUGAUCAUCCCUGGAACCUUUGCAUGAUAUAACUCUAACUAGUGCAUUACCCAUGGUUUGCAGUUGUCACACUGGGUUUUGACCCAUAAGGAUCAGUUUGUGCUUACACAGCAGUGCUGGUUCACCAUGUCAUUAUUUUCCUAAAAUAAAAACCCUAACUGCAGAGGACAGCAUGCAUCUCUAUUUUAAGAUAAAUCACAUGUUGAGUAUGUGCAAAAUACACAAUGGAGUAAGGUUAUAACAUCACUUCUCUUUAACAAGUGUUAGAGGCAGUCAGUUACUAGUUAAUGGCCUAUUAGCACGAGCCACAUAGAAUAUUAGUGCUGCCAUUUGAGUUUCAUUCCAAAUUGAGGCAGUGCUGUUCCCUGACCUUUUCCAAAAAGAAAAAAGAAAAAAAGAAAACCACCAUUACUAAGUUUAGUCCGGACCAGAAACCCCUGGCUACAAACAGAAAACAAGUUUCUAUUCUUUUAGUAUGGGCCAUAAAAAAGUGAAAUAUGGAACUUCCUUCAUCUGUUUCCUACACAUCAGUGCGUCUGGUUUACAAUGACACACAAGAAUAGCUCUGAUAAGGCUCUGCCAAUUCAGCACAGCAUCUGCCAGGUCGCCACCACAACAUGAACCACAGGGAUAUUGUUGUGUAAAAAAAACAAAAAAAAAUCAUUAAUAUAGACUGUCCUAUGUAAAGGCUCUGGCUAGAAAGUUUGUCGUUGUCCUUGUUUUCUCAUUAAUUUGUAUGAACACGUGCAUUUAGACACAUGAAUGAAGUGAAUGAGAAGGAACGUCUCUUGACUGUAUGUAUUUUACACUGCUUUUCACAGAUUUACAUGACCAUUUACAAAACCACAUUCUUCAUAUAGUACAGUGCUUCAGGCUCUUGUUGUGUUACUGUGGUGUUGGGCACAGACCACACACUCCUUGUUUGUUUGGUUAAAUGUUGGGGCACACAGAGGGUAAACAUGUAGAUAAUAUAGUUUUCUGUUACUGCGUGCAGCUCCUAGUUCAUGCAAAACCUCUUGUUUAUUUACAUUGUAGAAUUUCCGCCCCUUCAAUACCAACUCCCACUUUUGGUGCCAUCUUCAGUGGCAGGAUAUUAAAAGUGGAAUGAAAGGCUUGGUGUUUGCCAAGUCUCCUUUUUUUUAUUUUAUCAAAAUGUUCAUUCCAACAGGUCAAUCUACCCUCCCUCCUUGAACAAGAGUGCCAUUUCGAAGCUUAUUGGAUGAGAUUCUCGUUUGCCCUUGGCUGCCAAAGAUGACGUUGCUAUGGAAACAGAUGCUGCUGUUAUCAAUCAUCGACCGCCUGGCAGAUUGUUUCGACAGUGGAUCGUAUCAUGGUCCAAGAUGGAGGAUGGAACCAGUGGAUUUGUUCAUUCCUGUGGACUCAAUAGAAGAGGAAGCCACCCUGACCUGUGACGCCAAAGGAAUGCCACCUCCACAGUACAGAUGGUCACUGAAUGGGACUCUCAUCAAUCUGGGCCAGGAUCGCCACCGGCGUCUGUCUGGGGGCAACCUCAUUAUAAGCGGUCUGGACCGCCACCAGGACGCAGGGAUGUACCAGUGUAUGGCUUACAACACAGUUGGUGCUGUGCUCAGCAGGAGAGCAAGUCUACAGUUUGCCUACUUAGAUCAUUUCAAAGUUCACACCAGAAGUGCAGUGUCGGUCCGGGAGGGACAGGGAGUGGUGUUACUCUGUGGAACUCCUACGUCUUCUGGAGACCUUACUUAUGCAUGGGUCUUCAAUGAGUACCCCUACUUUGUUCAGCAAGACAAUCGGCGUUUCGUCUCACAGCAGACGGGAAACCUUUACAUCGCCAAGGUUGAAGCCUCUGAUGUGGGCAACUACACAUGUGUGGUGACGAACAGUGUCACAAAGGGCAAAGUUCACAGUUCGCCCACGUCUCUGAUCCUCAGGACCGACGGAGUGAUGGGUGAAUACGAGCCAAAAAUAGAAGUUAAUUUCCCAGACAAUGUACUCGCCGCCAAAGGAUCAACAGUUACACUGGAGUGUUUUGCCCUUGGAAAUCCUGUUCCUGAGAUAACAUGGAAGAGGGCUAAUGGCAUACCUUUCCCCAGUAAAGUCAAAAUGAAGUAUUCCAACGCUGUGCUGGAGAUUCCCAGCUUCCAGCAGGAUGACGCCGGCGGAUACGAGUGCUUGGCCGAAAACAAGAUGGGAAAAAACACCGCCACUGGUCGGCUGGUGUUCUAUGCCAAGCCCCAGUGGAUCCAGACCAUGAAGGACACGGCCCUGGCCAUAGAGGAGAGAUUGUACUGGGAGUGUCGAGCCAGCGGGAAGCCCAAACCCUCUUACAUGUGGCUGAGGAACGGGCAGCAGCUUCUCUCAGAGGACAGGAUCCGCGUGGAAGACGGCGUCCUGUCAGUGUCGGCGCUGACGCUAUCUGACGCCGGCAUGUACCAGUGCGUGGCCGAGAAUAAACAUGGUGUCAUAUAUUUCGCCGCGGAGCUGAUGGUUUUAGCUUCUGCUCCAGACUUCACAGGGAACCUCCUCAGAGCCUUGCUCAAAGCCAAGGCAGGAACCACAGUGACUUUGGAGUGCAAACCGCAGGCCUAUCCCAUUGCCAGCAUCUUGUGGAAGAAAGGAAACCUUCCCAUCCACACCAACGACAGGAUCACACUUUCCCCAGAUGGAACGCUGAGGCUCGCCAACGUGAGCAAGUCUGAUGCCGGCAGUUACACAUGCUUCGCUAGGAAUAGAUUUGGCAUGUCAAGUACAACAGGAAGGCUCCUUGUUACCGAUCCAACCAGAAUCCUCCAGGGGCCCACAGACAUGGAGAUAAUUGUGGGCGAGAGCAUCGUGUUACCCUGUCAGGUGGCCAGUGACCCUGUACUGGACGUUUCGUUCUCCUGGGCCUUCAAUGGACACCUCAUCGCCAGAGGAGACGGUCACUUUGAGUUCGUGGGUGGGAGAACAGCAGGAGAUCUGAUGAUCAGGAACAUUCAGCUUUACCACGCUGGCAAAUAUAUCUGCGUGGUGGACACGGAUGUGGAGAGCCUGUCGGCUGUGGCUGUGUUGAUUGUGAAAGGCCCACCCAGCCCACCAGAAUCUGUGACGAUGGAGGAGGUGACAGACAGCACAGCCCAGCUGACCUGGAGCGCAGGCAGAGAUAACGGCAGCCCCAUCACCAACUACAUCAUACAGACCAGAACUCCUUUCACUGUGGGCUGGCAGAGGGUCAACACAGUUCCUGAGGUAAUCGACGGCAGCACUCUCACUGCCACUGUAGUUGACCUGAAUGCCUGGGUGGAGUAUGAGUUUCGGGUUUUGGCCAAGAACAGCGUUGGUGUUGGAGAACCCAGUCCGGUGUCCGUCAAAACCAGGACAGAGGACGCAGUCCCAGAUGCAGCUCCAGGUAAUGUGGGUGGAGGAGGUGGAAGCAGGUCUGAGCUGGUCAUCACAUGGGAGCCUGUCCCUGAAGAACUGCAAAAUGGUGAGAGCUUUGGUUACAUCAUUGCUUUCCGUGCCUUCGGAGAAGUAAGCUGGACUCACGUUGCCACAUCUGCCCCCGGAGCGGCGCGUUAUGUGUACCGCAACGACAGCAUCACGCCGUUCUCUCCGUUUCACGUUAAGGUCGGCACUUACAACAGCAAAGGACAGGGCCCCUUUAGUUCUGUGGUGACCAUCUACUCUGCAGAGAUAGAACCAAGUGGGAUGCCAUCAGGCGUCUGGGCCAGGAGUGUCUCAUCCUCUGAGAUUGAAGUGAAUUGGCAGGUGCUUUCCUACAGCCCUGAAAGGAUUCUGGGCUACGAGGUUGUUUACUGGGAAGAUGACACUAAACCAGAGACCAUGGGGAAGGUUCGUGUGCCUUGGAACCAAACCUCGGUCACAGUGAGCAGCUUGGCAGCAAAUACGCAGUAUUUCCUAACAGUCAGCGCCUUCAACACAGCAGGCACGGGGCCCUUCCUCCCUGCAAUCAAUGUCACCACAAAGAAGCCGCCUCCAGCUCAACCUCCACAAAACGUUGAAUGGACUCUGAUUGGAGCUGAACUGUCGAUUCACUGGGAGCCAGUGCAGGCCACGGAGUCUGAGGCUGAAGUUACAGGCUAUCAACUGUCAUACAGGAGGCAGAGACACAAAGAGGUGAACACACUCAUGACAGCCAACUCCACUGCAGAGCUCAGUCUGCCUUCUGAGGAGGACGAAGACUACGUCAUCUACAUCCGAACACUCAGCGAAGGUGGGCUGGGCCCAGCCUCGGAGCCCGUACGAAUUCACCAACAAAGUAUGAGUGCCCGUGGCUCCAGGGCCCAGAGCUUGGACAUUCCACACCUCUCUCUGAUCCUGGCCCUGACAAUAUCAACCUUCAGGUCAACAUCAUGACACAGUCACAGACAUUUCUUCUCUAUUCUCUUUUUUUUUUUUUUUUUUCAAUUCUGCCUUGGUUUUUCUCCUGUUGUUCUGGUUCCUUUCUGUUUCUGUGUGAUCACACUUUGUGCAGUAUUUCAAAGCAGCACAAAAGUGAAGUGUGCUGUCUGGUACUUAAAUAGCAGGAAAAGCUUGUUUUUUUUUCUUUUUGGCUUUUCUAUUUUUAAAUGUUCCCAGUCGGAAACACUGCUCCAUCUCAACCCUUUUCUUUUGGACUCUCGAAUGAUACAGAUGCCUUACUUCCAUUCAUGUGCCAAAGUAGUUUCAGCCUUCUCGUUGUUGCUCUUGUUGUUGUUGUUGUUGUUACUAAAAUAGCCACACGCUUUCCUUAAUGUUCCUCUCUGGUUUCUGAUCAUUGAAGAUCUCAGCAUCCUUCGAUCUGCGGUUCAUUUUCAUUCACCUGUGCCCGUGCCUUUGAAGACCCUCCAUACUGGCAUCACCUGCAGCCAUGAGUCUAUUUUUCUGACCCCGCUGCAGCCACGCUCAUCUGCUUCUGCACUAUUAAAAGUUGGCUGUGUCCCUAAUGAGAAUUACACCACAGUCUGUAUUUCCCCACUCCAGUCAUUUACUCUUUAAAUCAACCAACCUGAAUGUGCUGCGCUGCACCAAACCUUUCCAGUUCCAACAGCCCAAUUGUUUUAAUAUGACUCUCAUUAAAGUGGACUUGAUUCUCCAUUUCCCUUUAAACAACGGCGGAGGAAUUCCCUGCAACAGUUUUGCUGAAACCACCAGCAUAUUUCAUCGAACUUGCUGAAAAAAAUAAUCUGAAAAAGAUAAAAUAGUCAUGUCUGGAACAGAUGGUUCAUUAUUUAAAAACUGGAACCUGUGGUUUGUUUAUUUAGUAUUUGUCUAUUAGAGUAGAGGAAACAAUGCAUUUACUACUGUUUUUAAAUAACAUGUUAAGAAAGCUAUACUUUCAACAUAGUGAUUAACACAACUGGGUCAUCAAAUUACACACUUUUUAAAAAAUAGAAAUGUGAUGAAUACUAAAAUAAACAUUUUAAUUGUUACAGUAAACAAGUUGUGAGGAAACUAAAAUUCACAUUCAGG